AUGGCUGAGAGUGACUGGCCCAAAAAGGGCCCCAUGGCCGCCCAGGCCAAGUCCAAGUCCUCCUCUCUAGCAGCUCAGAGAGGAGGAGAAUAUGUGGAGGCUUCCAAGAAAUGGGCCGCCGACCAGAACAAACAGCAUUGGAUCACCAAGAACACAGCCAAGCUGGACCUGGGGACUGAGAAGCUGCAUCACGACCGGGUGAGCCUGGAGGUGGGCAAGGUGAUCCCGCAGGGCCGGCAGAGCAAAGGGCUGACGCAGAAGGACCUGGCGACGAAAAUCAACGAAAAGUCACAGGUCGUCGCUGACCGUGAGAGGGGCCGGGCCAUUUCUAACAACCAGGCUCUGGGCAAAAUCGAGAGAGCCAUCGGCCUUAAGCUCCGGGGGAAAGACAUCGGGAAGCCGAUCGAGAAGGGGCCGAGGGCGAAAUGAACACAAAGCUUCGAAAUCAGCGCGUUCCAGCUGAUCUUGUCUGGCUGGUUCAGCGUGACCACCAGCGCCAGCGUGGGUCU